CGACCUCUCGACGACCUCUCACGUCCUACGAAGAAGAGAAAACUUGCUUGACGGAUUCUAGGCUUGCGGUGAUCUGCGCUGGCCAGGAUGUCAGGCUCUCUCAGCGACCACGACCACACGGGUGCCCCCUUGGAGCGCCACGACUCGGGCAACAUAACGAAGAAGGUGACUACGAGCUCGGUGGAUCUACACGAAGAUGUCGAGCACGGAGAAGGGCCUAUCGGGGCGUUACCCAUCCCGCCAGUGGACAAGCGGAGGGUGGGACUACACCGAGCUCUCUCGGCGCGGCAGGUCUCCAUGAUCGCUAUUGCCGGGACGAUUGGUACGGGGCUGUUCUUGGGGACUGGACGGUCGCUCGCACAGGGAGGACCCGCGAGCAUGCUCAUAUGCUACAGUCUGGUCGGUUUCAUCGUUUACAUCACCUUGCUCCUCUUGGGAGAGAUGGCCACACAGUACCCGGUCGCAGGAUCCUUCAACGCGUACGCGGUGCGGUUCUUCUCCCCAUCGUACGGAUUCGCGCUUUCCUGGAACUACUGGUUCAACGAUGCAGUCUCGGUCGCGUCGGACUUGACUGCCGCACAACUCGUCCUCCAAUACUGGACGACCUGGCACACUUGGGUUGUCAGUCUGAUCUUCUGGGUCUUCCUGGUCGCCGUCAACGCAGUUCACGUUCGCGCCUAUGGAGAGCUCGAAUAUUGGCUCGCAUCUCUCAAAGUCAUUACCGUGAUCGUUUUCAUCGUUCUCGGUAUCGUAGUCAACGCGGGGGGAAACCAAGCGCAUGAGUACAUCGGUGGCAAGAACUGGCACAUUCCUGGUGCCCCGUUUGUGGGCGGGUUCGGUGGUUUCGCGCGGGUGUUCGUAACGGCGAGCUUCGCAUAUGGAGGAACUGAGUCUCUGGGUAUUACCGCCGGCGAGACCAAGAAUCCCUCCCGAAACAUGCCGCGGGUAGUCAAAUUUGUAUUUUGGCGAAUUUUGUUGUUCUAUAUCUUGAGCAUCCUGCUCAUGGGCUUGAACGUUCCAUAUACUUACCCCGGCCUAUCGAACAAGGAGACGACUACGUCGCCGUUCACCAUCGUCUUCGCAAUGGCUGGAUCUACUGUUGCUGGGUCAUUCAUGAACACGGUUAUCUUGACCUCUGUCCUGUCUGCGGGCAACCACGCGCUCUUCGCCGGAACGCGUGUACUCUACGGCCUUGCUACGACCACACCUCCACAAGCCCCGGCAAUCUUCGCACGGACGACGCGGGCCGGCGUUCCCCUGCUCGCCCUCCUUGCUACAAGUAGCAUCAGCAUCAUCUGCUUUGGCUCGAGCUUCAUCGGCAGCGGAGAGUUGUGGGGCUGGCUGCAGAACAUUGUCGGUGUGUCCAACCAGAUCGCGUGGGUAUCCAUCGGACUCGCUAGCUGGAAGUUCCGACGCGCUUGGGUCCGCCAAGGCCGUCCCUUGAGCGAGAUGAAAUUCAGAGCGGGGUGGACGUGGCCGUGGGGGCCGUAUUUCGUCGUCGUCACUGUUACUGCAUUGAUUAUCAUCCAAGGAUGGUCUUCUGUGUUUCCGCACUUCUCCGCGGUCGACUUCGUCUCGUUCUACAUCGAGAUCCCCGUCAUGAUCUUCAUGUAUUUCGCCUGGAUCAUCAUCAAGCGGCCCGCGCCAUCAUCCGCGCGCCCCAUAACGCCGCAAGAGUCGACGUCGGUCGAGCCUCCCCAGAAGCCUGGCAUCCUGUUUCGAGUAUGGCGCCGAAUAGCGUACUCCGACGCCGUAGACAUACGCACCGUAGACCUACGCAGGGACGAGCACGAAGAGGAACCCGAAGACGUCGCGGACGAUUUGGAGAGGGAAGCACACCUGAAGGGACGCUGGGGUCCGUUCUGGAAAGUAUACUACGCCAUUGUAUAGUUUCUCGUAACUGCUGUACUACGUCACUGCUUGACCUACAACUUCGAAUAAG